UGCUUACAUUGGAGAAAAUGCCUCUGCAAUCAAUUGAAGCUCAACCGAAACAAAUUCUUAUUCCAGAUGGCAUCAGGCACACGGAAAGCCACGGCCUUAAAUCAAGUAUCAGCUACGAACCAUAGAAGGCCUUCAUUUGAAAACUCAGUGAAACUACCAGAAUCAUAUGAGGCUUUGCUGGAGGAAAUGAGAAGAUUACAGGCAGAGACGAAUGCUGAAAUAUUCAGAUCCAGCGAAGGGGUCAAACGCGAGUUUAAAGUAGAAUUGAAUGAAGUGAGCUCAGGUUUGGACAAAAUAAACGAAGAUAUAAAUAAAAUCAACGGAAAAAUGAAAAGUUUGGAAUUGCACACAGGAAAAAUGGAAAAGAAAAUCGAUGAAGUCAAAAAUGAUUUGCUUGAGGACCAAGAACAAAUUUUGAGAUUACAAUUGAAGCAGAGGGAGAACUGUUUGAAAUUGCGCGGCUUGCCUGAGAAAAUCAACGAAAAUUUAUACACUGAACUUUCCCCAAUUUUAGCAAAAUUUAUCGACGAAUCUGAAAUCCAGUUCCCGUGGGAGCUGGAUCGAAUCUACAGACUUAAUUCUCAUAUUGCUAAACUUAAAAAAUUGCCUAGGGAUGUAGUUGUGUAUUUUGUGCGCAAGCAAACACGGAACCUGGUCCUACAACAGAGCUAUAAAACCAAAUUAUUAAUUGAUGGCAACGAAAUCAUGAUUUUGAAAGACAUACCUGGGAAGAUACUUAAAAGGAGGAAAGACUACAAUUUCCUAAUAGACAAGCUGAAAAAGUACGAAAUUUUCUUCAAAUGGGAAGAAAUUGAAGGUGUGCAAGUAACAUGGAAACAGAAGAAAAUAAGGUUAAACUCCAUAGAGAAGGCAAGAAACUUUUUAAAAGACAUCCAGAAGGAAUUUGAGAGAGAUGGAGAUGGAGAUGGAGGCGGGGAGGAGGGGAGAGGGGGAAGUGAUUAAGCAAAUGUGUCAAAUUACCUGAAUGUAAAACUUGUGAUAAACCAACCUCCUCACCUAUUUACUCACCUAUAUAUUUAUAUAUUCAUUUACACAUUCAUUUAUACAUCUAUAGGUUAGUUUGUUUUUCAAAAUUUGGAACGAAGACAAUUUUAUAUCUUUAUAUCUAUUCUAAGCUAAAAUCUAGAUAUAGGAGUAGCUGUACUAACUUAAAUUAGUGUCUCUGGGACUUAGUGGGCUUUGGU